AAAUACAACAACAAAAAUGUCUUUCAAUAACUCUGACUCAUUUGAAUAUCGCCACAAGAAAUUCGAUCAAGGCAAACGGCCGAGAGAAGAUUCCAUCAGCAGUGGGAACAGCAGUAUCUUGAGCGAGGAUGAGGAUCGUUUGCAAAUCGAUAUUGAGAGUUUGGAUGAGGAGCAAGACAUGCAACAAACCAGCUACAGCUUCAAUACUCCGAGCAGCAACACAACCACAUCAUCUUACCUUAAUGAACAUCGCUUGAAUCCUGAAGGCAUAUCGGAGGAGCCACCAUACAAAAGAUCACGUACCGGAUCAUUUGGCUCGAAUUCAUCCUACAGUACCUACUCACCAAUCAUGGGACGUAAUACCUCAACACCCAUGAUGAUGCAGUCAUCUACCGCACCAGUCCUGGCACCCACCACAGCAAUUUUGCCGAAAAUCAGCACCGAAACCCUGGCCAGCAUUUGUAAAUACCACGGGAAUAUGGUAAGGAAAUUCCCCAAAAAAGAACGCACCCCCAAGGAUCAAGAGAGGCGUGAUAAGAACACCAUAGCCUGUCGCAUGAGUCGUCGUGUCAAGAAACUCGAACACAUUGCCAUUGAGGAGCAGUACAAGGAGUUCUCCCAGCAAACCUUUGAAAUUAUUGAAAGGGCAAUGAGAUCCACGGCCUAUUUGCAUGAACUGAUGAAGCUUUCAAAUGCUGUGACAUCAGGUGCAGAGGAAGAAGAGCGAGAUGUAAAAGUUUUCGGCAUUAAGCAGGAACAAAACUCAACCAUGACAUCGGAGAAGAAACCAUUCACGAUAGCCUAUCUAAUGGGAGAUCGGGAGUAG